AUGCAGCUCAAGUCUCUCGCGGCCGUGGCCAUUGGCCUGGCUUCUGUCUCGCCCGCCGCAGCCGACACUACGACCACCAUCGACCCGACAUCCUACCGCGGGACGUGGGAGGGAUGGGGCACCUCCCUCGCGUGGUGGGCGGCCCGCUUCGGCACCCGUGACGACCUCGCCGACAUCUUCUUCACGACCAACACGACCUCGUUCGGAGGCGCAAACCUGCCCGGCUUGGGCCUUAAUAUCGUGCGACACAACGCCGGCGCCUCCAGCUGGAACAGCAUCGGGAGCCUUAGCAUGGUGGUCUCGCCCAACAUGAUACCUUCACGGCAGAUAGAGGGCCACUGGAUCGACUGGAACAGCGCGGACCCGACCUCGGCCAGCUGGCGGUGGGACGUCGACGUGAACCAGCGGACGAUGAUGCAGAAGGCCCAGAGCCGCGGGGCCAACCACUUCGAGCUCUUCUCCAACUCGCCCAUGUGGUGGAUGACAUACAACCACAACCCGUCGGGGGCGGCGGACGGCACCGAGAACAUCCAGUCCUGGAACCUCCAGCAGCAUGCUGUCUACAUGGCCACGAUCGCCAAGUACGCCAAAGACAACUGGGGCAUCACUUAUGAGUCGGUUGAGCCGUUUAACGAGCCGUCGGCCGACUGGUGGGAUGCCAACGGCACGCAGGAGGGGUGCCACAUUGACGUCACCACCCAGUCGACCAUUAUUAACGCGCUCCGGACGGAGCUCGACAACCGCGGCCUUAACAACAUUUCUGUCUCGGCGUCGGAUGAGUCGUACUACGACCAGGCGGUGUCGACGCUCCAAGGCCUCAGCGGCGAGGCGCUCAGCGAGAUGAGCCGCGUCAACGUCCACGGGUACCAGUACGGCGGCGGCCAGCGCGACAAGGUGUACUCCCUCGCGUCGGCGCAGGGCCUGCGGAUAUGGAACAGCGAGUACGGCGAGUCGGACGCGACGGGCGAGAUGCUCGUCAGCAACCUCAUCCUCGACUUCCGGUGGCUGCAGCCCACAGGGUGGGUGUACUGGCAGGUGCUCGACGGGGGCGGCUGGGGCCUCAUCGACGCCAACAACGAUGCCGGCACGGUCGGGUCGGCGAACCAGAAAUACUUCGUGCUGGCGCAGUUCGCGCGGCACAUCCGCGAGGGCAUGCGCAUCCUGGACGGCGGCUCGGACAACGUCGUGGCGGCGUACGACGCGGCGCAGUCCAAGCUGAUCAUCGUCGCCAUCAACUGGGGCGACGCGCAGUACCUCAACUUCGACCUCAGCAGCUUCUCGCAGCCGUCGACCGACGGCGCCAAGGUGACGCGCUGGCGGACGCAGGUCGGCAGCGGGGACCGGUACGUGCAGGAGACGGACGACACGAUAAUGAACGGGAGCAAGUUCUGGUCGUGGUUCGAGACCAAGAUGGUGCAGACGUUUGAGGUCAGCAAUGUGAAGUUAUAA